AGUCCAGUGGUUACCGGCAUAACAUCAUAGGAAACCUUUCAUUCAGCUCAGGGAUGGAGUGGCUUAACUAGUGCUUACUAUUAACUUAACUUAACUUAGUUAACUAACUUAUCCUUAUUAUUAAUGCACGGACAUCCCCGGUCCCGACUGUACAACCGGGCCGCAUCGAGACCAUGACCAUGACCAACCCUGUGUAACCGAUGAACCGGAAGCUUGCAGAUCGCGGAAGAAGGCGGGCAACCGCACUAAGCCUUAUAUUUAGGAUUUCUUGCACUCCCAAAUCUUCAGCAUCCGACUAACAAAAGCCGAGCCCCUGAAACUGGAUGCUCGAAGCACCUGUCGUUGAGCAAACAACACCAAAAAUCAUUCCGAUUCCGAUCCUAUCUGAAGACCUAGCAUAUCAGAUUCAGUACCAGCGUUGCGAACCUGUGUCCAAAACACGAAGUGAAGGAGAAGUCGAAAUAAGCCUCAGCAUGGCCCCCUACCUCACCCCUGGCAACAUCCUCCUCGCCCUCGUCGCCCUCUUCACCUCCACCGGCUGCUACCUCGCCGAUUGGAACGAAACCCACAUCCACAACCCCAGCUGGCCGCCCCAUGCCAAAUUCCACAACGGCCAAACCAUGUCCAUGGGCCUCCUCCUCGGCCUCCUCACCGCCUACUAUCAGUUCCGCUCCGCCCACCUCCCCUUCGCCGUCCCUUCCGCCAAGGGUAAAGCCACCGCGGAGGAGCAGCUCGCUAAGCAGCAGCGGAAGAUGGAUGUCGACACCGCGGCGGUGGUGGCGAGUUUGUAUUGGGUGACGCAGGCGAGUGCGGCGUUUUAUCCGGGGAGUAGUUUGGUGGAUCCGCCGAACAAUCCGUGGAAGAUGAGUGAGGCGCCGCAGCCGAUGUUGGAUACAGUAUUGUUGUCGAUGACAGUGGUGGGGUGGUGGUUGGAGAGGGGGAGGAUUGUGGCGUAGGGGGUUUCGCAUCCUGCUAGGGUAAAUGGGAAGGUUUUGAGGGAGAAUUGUGGGAUAUGGGGUAAGAUAGGAGUGAAGAAUGUUUGAGCCUAUGAGUCAUGGUAAUGGGCAUGGUUUAACAGGACUCACGCGGGCAUCUGACGUAAUGGUUGCUACUCAAGAGCACAGAGCACAUUCGGUAUGACUGAAUUGGAUAUACGCCUG